GGAGGAACUUGACAAGGAACAAAUCAGCAUUCUGAAGAAGGCUUUCGAAGCUUUUGACCAAGAAAAGAAAGGAUGCAUAGGCACGGUGAUGGUGGGCACAAUCCUCGGCAUGUUGGGUCACCAGGUCAGCGACGAUGUCCUCAAAGAAAUCAUCGACGAGGUUGAUGCUGACGGUUCUGGUGAACUGGAGUUCGAGGAGUUCGUAACCCUGGCUUCCAGGUUCAUGGUUGAGGAAGAUGCUGAAGCGAUGCAGCAGGAACUCAAAGAAGCAUUCCGGUUAUACGAUAAAGAAGGCAAUGGGUACAUCACGACUGGCGUCUUAAGAGAAAUCCUCAGAGAGCUGGAUGACAAGAUCAGCGCUGAAGAGUUAGACAUGAUGAUUGAAGAAAUUGACUCUGACGGCUCAGGAACCGUGGACUUUGAUGAAUUCAUGGAGGUCAUGACUGGAGGCGACGAUUAA